AUGCCGAAUUGUUCGUGAAAGAGAUGGAAUCGCUAGGGAGCUUAAACGAAAAGGCCACUGAGGAAGUGCCCAUGAGCUGAACAACAUGUCAGUCUGUCACCAUGCCCGUGUCAUCCUCUCUUACUGUUAUUUAUUACUGCUGUAGCAAUCCAGCCAUUUUGUAUGAAAAUCGUCUGCUUCUACAAUCCGAACGAGCUCUCUUUCCGUGUCCCGUUCUUCCCCAACUCCGGCCCGGUGUGUUCUCUUCCUCCUCCCCUCCGGCAAUCACGUCUUUGCGAUUCAACAUUCAGCCGGGUACUGCUCCCUUGUGACAUUUCUUGUUCAGUUCGGCAGUGGACGGUUACCAUAGCGAGCCCUCUCGCCCCCUCGGCUCCUCAGAAUAGCAAACUCUUCCAGAGCCCGCGCGACGUGCGGAGUGGCCACACCACAGCGCGCGCGCGCCAUCGGAAAAGCUACGGGAGACCCGCCGCGUGCAUGGCCGGUGCGCCCGCCACCGCCGACGCCGUCGCCGUGCCGCUGCUCCUGCCGCUCGACGACGCCGCCGGCGGCGGCCGCGGGUGCUGGGAGGACGGCGCCAUCUCGCUGGGGCUGGUGGGCGUGCAGCUGGCCGGCGCGGCGUACAUGGUGGUGGUGACGCCCGUGCUGGCGCUGGGGCUGGACCCGCUCUUCCUCGUCGCCUUCGGCAGCCUCUGCACCGCGGUCCUCACCAUCCCCUUCGCCGUCAAGCUCGAGAGGAAGAAAUGGCCGUCGGAGCUGACCAGCCGGCUGCUUUUCCAGUUCGUCUUGCUGGCUCUGGGAGGGGUGACAGGAUUCCAGGCUCUGCUGCUGCAGGGCAUGAAGAUGACGUCCCCGGCCAUCGCCUCCGCCAUGCCCAACCUCGCCCCCGGCUUCAUCUUCGUCAUCUCCGGUUGUCUCGGGUUCGAGAGGGUUGAUCUCAAGUGCCGGUACACGAGGGCCAAGAUCCUCGGCACCGUGGUCUGCCUGGGUGGCGCCGUGGCCAUGAGCGUCCUGCAGAGCCCGGACGCCCCGCCGGGGCACCUCCUGCCGCGGUCGGUGGCCCGCGCUGCCGCCGCGAAAUGGGUGGCGGGCUGCCUGUUCCUCCUCGGCGCGGUCCUCGUGCUCUCGGGCACGAUCGUGAUGCAGGCGGCGACCAUGCUCCACUUCCCGGCGCCGUUCACGCUGUGCUCCGUGACGUCGCUGAUCGGCGCGGCGAUGACGGCGGCGUUCCAGGUGGCGACGGCGGGGCGGUUCAGCCCCGGGACGCCCCAGAUCAGCCUCCAGAUCGUCCUCUCCCUCGUGUUCGUGGGCGGGGUGGUGAGCUCGGCGUGCAUCAUGUUCCAGACGUGGGCGCUGGAGAAGAAAGGCCCCGUGAUGGUCUCCAUGUUCAGCCCCACGCAGACCGUCGGCACCGCCAUCUUCUCCGUGCUCUUCCUCGGGCGGGUCAUGCAGCCAGGAAGCAUAUUGGGUAUGGUUUUCCUCUUCUCCGGACUGUAUGUGGUUCUUUGGGCAAAGAAGAAAGAAGGGCAGGUUCUUGCUGCAGAAAGGAAGGAAAUGGAUGGAACGGCGAACAAUGGCAUGCACAAGCCGCUGCUGUUCUGAACUUGAGCAGAGUUUUGCUUCCCUUGUAUUAGUGUGCUUUCAAAUAUGUCAGUCAGGGUACAUCAGCUCUUCCUCAUAAUGUAUAGUGGUGCAGUCCUCUCCAUUUGCAUUUUGUUAGGUAGCACCUGGAUGCUUGUUUUUGUAGUGAAAAUUUACUGUAAUGCGACUGUGUAGCCUAGCGGGACUGCGGGAGUUGUCAGAAUUUAGAAACAUAA